AUGGUCAUCACGUUUCCGCUAUCUUUAUCGCGUCCUCUCUCUGGAAUCAUCCUAUUUCUGCAUAUCCUUGGUGCAUCGGCUGCUCCUCUGGCAUCCAACAAUGCCUUUGUGAAUACCACAGCGCAUUUAGAACAACGUGACAAUUAUCAUUGGGACAAUGUUGCAGUCACAUUUCUUCCUUACAAUCGCGAAUUGAGUUACAAGGAUAACUGGGCCAUUAAGUUUGGCGAACGCAUGAGUAGGUUCCAUGCCGAAGAAGUGGUUGCCAAUGGAGUUGUGACUUUUCAAAUCAAAGAAGUUCUGAAAACAUUCCCUGUUGGUGGUAGUGUUGGUCGGGUUAAUUUGGUGAAUCGAGACGGAAAAAACUCGGCGUUCGCGAAGAUUAACGCAAUCGAACCUACUGGGAAAGCUCAGUUCCUUUAUGAGGCGAUGAAAAUGUUGAAGAACGAUUACAAUCUUGUUCAAAAUGAGAGGGAGCUUGCGUACUGGAACGGCAUCAAGGAAAAAAUGGAUGCCUUUACGGCCACAGCGCAGAAGAAAGCCAAGGCUCAAGCAAUGGCUCAGAGUGCAUUGGCAUUGAUGCCGCAAUAG